UUCGUUUCUCAUUUUUUCUCUUCGCUGCCAAACAAACAGAUAUUUUUCCUUCUCAUUUUCCUUUCCGAUUUUCUUGGAAAAUUUUGGAUUUUUUUUCCCCCCCCUGCAGAGUACGCAAAUGGCGGUCACUGUUUCGGCAUUCACAAUUCCUUCUCUGAGCUCAGACCGUACCACUUUUCUGGCUGCUUCUUCUUCCCAUUCGUCAGCACUGUCUUCCGCGUCUUCGCUGCAAUUUCCAGUUCAGCUUCGCCGUUUUCGAAUCGGAACCAAGGGGAUUUCCGCUCCUUCGCGACCUCGAAUUCUUCCUCUGGUAGAAGCAACAAAGCAAACAUUUUCCAACUUAGAUGAUUUGCUGGCUAAAGCUGAAAAACCUGUGUUGGUCGACUUCUAUGCAACUUGGUGUGGCCCAUGUCAAUUUAUGGUUCCUAUCCUCAAUGAAGUCAAUGCUAAACUGAAAGAUAAAAUCCAGGUGGUGAAAAUCGACACUGAGAAGUAUCCAAGCAUUGCUGACAAAUACAGAAUAGAAGCAUUGCCUACUUUCAUCUUAUUUAAGGAUGGAGUACCUUACGAUCGCUUUGAGGGUGCUUUUACUGCUGAUAAGCUAAUUCAACGAAUUGAAGAUGCUUUGAAAGCUACGAAGUAGACGGUACAAAAGAGAACAGAUCUCUAGUCAGGCAUUUUGGUGGGAACAAUGUAUUUGAUGAUUGAAGAAUGCAUAAGAUGAUCUCUCCAUAUUUUUGGAAUGUCCAUUUGCUCCUUUUUUUCUUUCCUUUUUUGUACCUAACUGGUAUCUUAAUUAAAAGAUAUAAUAGCUUUUGUUUCCAUUUAGCGGAUUAAGUCAAGAAAUUGAUGAAAAUUAAACUAGAUUUGUGCAGAAAGCUUGCAUUAAUUUUGAACUUUCAUUGAGAGUUGUGUUCA